AUGGAUGUUUAGGAGAAUUUAAGCUAGAAUUAGCAGGUCAAUUACUUUAAGAGUAAAUUGACUGAUUUAAAAUAAUUUAAGAAAUAACUUGAAGAAGCAUACAAUGAUAAAAGUACAACCUACCUAUAAAAGAAUGAUAAAUUCUUUGCAAUUAUAAACGAUUACAAGCAAUAACUUGAAGAUAUAUAAAAAAUAAUAGAAGAAGAUAUAGUUAAUGUGAAUGCUCCUAACAUACCUGAAGAGCUAAUUAAACGCUAAGAUUAAGAUUAAAGUAUUAAGGAGUAUAUGUAAGAAAGAAAAGAAUUAGUAAAGAAAAGUAUAGAUGGAUAAAAAGAAAAACUAUAGUUUAUUUAAAAUUUUACAAAUGAAUUUGAGAAGAGUUUAAAAGAGUAUAAAAUUUUACCUGAUUCUUGA